GGCCAAUCAUCAGGCUGACACGGACUCGCCAGACUCCGUCGAGGUAGGAUGUAGGGAUGAUCCCGGUUCCGCGCUUUAAGGGUCAGCCGCAGCUGUGGCAGGUGAACGCGGAGCCGCCUCCGUGGGUAUGGAUGAUCCCCGGCGGCUCUGGACUCUGCCGCGUGCAGGGUGCCAGCGUUCCAGCGCCUCUGCUGAUCUCCGCGCGCCCACCACCGCUGCUGCAGGGGCUCUCGAGCUGGCAGCUGUCCUGUGAUCCACUCUCGGUCCCUUUGAUACGGAUUCCUCCAGCGCCAGAGCGAGCCAUUAACCAGUUUCCACUCCCAAAUGUCCAGUUUGAUCUGCCAUCAAGGCCACAUGUUUUGGGAUUCCAGCCGUCUGCGAGCGUGGAGUUGGUGCCUGUGUUUCCCCGCGUGUACCGCACCAUCCUCCACCCACACCUCAGGAAGGGCUGGGUUGAGAAGAGGAGGCUCCCAGAAUAUAAGGUCUACCUGAACAAUACUCUGGCUCUGGAGACCACCUGGUUCGCUCCUGAAGAAAUGGGAAUUUUCCAGCGGCAAGAGAAGCCUGUGCUGGUGACAAAUCAAAUGGCAAUGAGGAUAUCUAGGCCAACCACUGCCUCCAGGAACCUCCACACUCUGCUGGUGUCACCGCGACGCAUAUCAGAGAUUAUUUUAGCGAGUCACAGCAGCGGCGUACAGGAGAUCGUGCCAGUCUUCCUCUGA